AUGUGGUGGACCGGAAUGAUACUGAUGAUCGUCGGAGAACUAUGUAACUUCAUCGCGUAUUCGUUCGCUCCAGCAAUUUUGGUAACGCCAUUAGGUGCUCUGAGCGUAGUGAUCAGUGCUGUUUUAUCCUCCAUUUUUCUCAAAGAGCGGCUGACGUUUCAGGGAAAAGUUGGCUGUGUGCAGUGCAUCUUGGGCUCAGUGGUGAUUGUGCUACAUGCUCCAGAAGAAGGCACGUCCGACACAUCCAUUGAAAAUUUCAAGCAUUUAAUUGUAUCAGUGGGGUUCCUGGUCUAUGCAGGUCUCGCUGUUGUGGUAUCCUGCGUUUUAGUGUUUUUUUGCGCGCCAAGAUGGGGCAAAACGAACAUGCUAGUCUAUAUCAGUGUAUGUUCAUUGAUCGGAUCCCUAUCGGUUGCAUUCACUCAAGCCUUUGGUGCCAGCAUUAUCCACUCCAUCACCAUCAGCAAUCAGUUCACCAACUGGUUUAUCUACUUGAUCUUAGCCUUGACCAUCAUAACAUUAGUGCUUGAGGUCGUGUACCUGAAUAAGGCACUCAAUUUAUUCAACACAGCUGUCGUGACACCAACCUACUACGUCUUAUUUACGACUUUAACGAUAGUCAGUUCAACUGUCCUGUACCAGGGCUUCGAUGCAUCAGGCGUUGACAUUACGACAUGUAUAUUCGGUUUUCUCGUGAUUUGCUCAGGUGUAGCACUCUUACAUUCCUCACGAAGCGAACAGUUAGAUAAUGAUGGUACAGCCAGUAUCGACAGCCGUGCCAAAAUGCUACCAAGUAAUAGCUACUCUUAUGAUAACGAAAAGGUGUCGUUUGAACAUCAUCCUGGCCCGGCUGAUAUGUUUCCAAAACCAUUCACGGGGAUCGGAAGAUACUCCAGCUCAACAAGACGGAGUAUUGAGCAGCAAUAUCAAAGGAAAACGCUGGAUGGGGAGGAUAGGUCUACGUCAGUGCUUGUAGAGGAAAUGCGGCAUCAUCAAGAUCAUCACACCAAUCAAUAUCCGUUGGAGGCUCUAGAAAUAAUUAAUAUAGAUCCACCCAACAACAACAACAAUCCUAGCAGUCACAUGAAAGAUCCUGAAAGUAAACCGUCAUGGUAG